AUGAUUCAUUCCAAUGGAGAAUAGUACUAAAAAUAGACCUUGAAAAAAAUAAGGAGUUUCUUAGUUUUAAUAUCAGGCCUAAAUUGUUUAUUUAUUAAUUUAAUGAAAUCUUCAAAGUCGAUUUCAAGCAACAAAACUACAACCUCAAGUACUUCCUUCAUUCUCAAUACUCUACAGACUUCAAGGUAAUAGCAUUUUUAAUAUACAAAGAAAACACAAUCAUAAGCCAAGUAUUCAGCCUUAAUAAAAGUCAACAUCAAUAAUGAAAAAACCUUUCAUAAUGAUAUCUCCCAAAUUAGUCUAGGUAUUUGAUGAGAGCAACACUCAAAGAACCAAACUACUUUUUGAAAAUCGACUUUCCUUGUUGUAGACUAAUGUACAAUCUAAGUCUGAAUCUCAAAUUCCAAAUACUGAAGGCUAGACCUUAACAUCCAGAGUGAGAAAGCGAACUGCUCCAAUUAGGUAUUAGUUAUUUAUAAAUGUAGAUUAUCAUUGCGUUUGCCAACUCAACUUUGA